ACAACGGAAUUUGUAUAGAGUUUUAGCGCCUAUAGCUUCACUCCUUACCGCCACUGGCACUUGCACCGGUACCUUAACAUCAGACAUCUGCUUUUCUACGUUCCAAGGACGUUCUUGUAUACCAGAAUUUCAGUUGCAACUAUGAGCUCACCAUUUGCGACAUAUCCUGUCCCAGAACGUUCGUUCAUUCCAGCACAUCCAGUUCGUCCAGCAGCCACUGCUCCAUCUCGAGGAACAGGUGCCAAACGAGGCCGUAAACCAAAAGGAAGUGUACCUCCCGCAUCUUCAGAGUCAUCGCGACCUCCUGCGCAGUCUCCACCUGCCACUAGUCCACCUACGACAUUACAAUGGUCGAAUGUUCAGGCUCCUGCGGGUCCUAGCGCGAGUACCAGUACUUUCACUGUUGCUCCGAAUCCGAAUCCGUCACCUCCUAUUGUGGUCACCCAAGAAGCAGUUAACAUUCAAAUUGCCUCUGAGACUGGUUCAAUUCUUGCGCUGCCAGGUGCCAUUGUGCCUCCUACGCCUGAGGCACCUGCAGGUGUGAAGGCGGAAGUUCCUGUUGUAGUCGUUCCUGGGGCUGAAGAUGAAGGGGAUGGAGACGAUGAAAUGUUACCUGCAAUGGCAGAUGACGACUACUCUGCGCAGCUAUCAUUCCAGAGUCAGUCGAAAGACAAUCUGAAAGUCCUUAUGGAUAACUUUAGCUCGGCUCAGUAUGAUAGGUUUGAGGCAUAUCGUCGACACGCCCUUCCGAAACAAGCUGUCCGCAAGGUCAUCCAGCAGACCCUCGGACAACAAGUAUCUCAGCCUGUAGCCCAGAUCGUUGCUGGUUUCGGUAAGGUUUUUGUAGGUGAGAUGGUUGAGAAAGCUCGGGAGGUACAAGCUCGUAAAGGAGAGACCGGUCCUCUCUCACCGGAUCAUCUCCGGGAAGCGUAUCGCGUGUAUCAACAGGAAACAGGCCGUGUUGGUGCUGCACGCCCUCUAAAGGGCAAGAAGAUCUUUGUGCGCUGAACUUCGCGUCAUCAUGACAGCGAUUCAAUCACAAUAGUGGAAGCCUUGAUACGGGUGAGUCAGUUUGUUUUCCAUGUAAUGCUGUGUGGUGUUGAUAGGCAGACGCCGUUACGAAGGAGCUGGGACUUUCCCUUUGAGAAACCGAUGUCAUUGGUCGAACACCGUUUUGAGGUUGACCCGCCUUCUCCUUUGAUCCGACCUACGUCGGUUGAAGGUGCAGAUCGCACGAGGUCGAAGGUUAAUUCUGCGAUGGUGAUUGUGAAGGUCGAAAUGCAUGACAUUGCUGGCGCUUCGCAGCGCAAUUCGACAUGCGGUGCAGUUGACAUUGACGUAUCUCUGAAAUUCAUGGUGUAUCGAAGGUCACUCUUUCUUGCAACCUGCGGUUAGACAAUGAUACGCGAGCCGAACAUGCUUAGAACUUACAUCAUGUCAUUUCCGGCUUGACAAGUGUCCAGAGGAUUCGCAUAUGACUUCUAGAAAAUACCACGGAUACAUAGGAUCGAUUAUUCUAUCUGUUCUAUGUUCCUUAAUCUCAAAGAUAGAUGGUGUUGUUUCAAUGACUUGCUUCAGAUUUGGUAUCUCUUUUCUCUGGAGGGUAUAA